AUGAAGAACCCGAAAAUCAUCUUGGACGAACACGAGUUCCUGAUUUACAGAAAGGGACCGAACCAGACACAAUGGCUCUGCAACAACUACUUCAACAAGAAGCACGAUAACGAUCGGUGCAAAGUUAGGUUGAUCACCUCCGGAAGGGAGGUGCAGAUAUACGGACGACACACUCAUCUGCCCAAGAGACUGGAUACCUCCCAACUUCAUUCGCAAAGAGUUACUAUCGUUAGACACGAUAGCUUGAGUUGCUAA